UGUGUGUGUGUGUGUGUGUGUGUGUGUGUGUGUGCGUGCAAGGGGAGGGGGGAGUAUAAGGCUAACAAAGGAUCUACACACAUUGGCAUGACUUAGGCUUCCGUGUGGAUGUUUCUUUGUGUGUGUGUCUAUAGCAGUAAUGUAAUUCAGACUUGUGCAAUCUGACUUUUAAAGCUUAAUCAGUCUGUAGCUGUACUUCUUUCUUUUAUUCCAACCACACACACAUACACACACACACUUUGCACAUAUUUAAUUGCCUUAGCUGGAUAGCGACUCUACUUUCCAACUCUGAAUGACUGAAGAUCAGGAGAGAUGGCUAAUUCAUGCAUAUAUAAGUGUAUAAGAAUGGACCGUAUGAGUGAGGAGGCAUUGCGGCUGAACCUGCUAAAGCGAGGCCUAGAGCCAGCAGAAGAGCGCAGCCGAGCUCAUGAUGACAUCCUGUCCAAAAGGCUGAAAAUGGAGGGUCAUGAGGCCAUGGAGAGACUGAAAAUGCUCGCACUGCUCAAACGUAAGGACCUGAGUAGCCUGGAGAGCGGCUCUGGCUCACUGGGGGAUCUCCGAGCCUCUGGAGCCAGCAGCCAUGCUGCGUUACAGAGCUACACUGCUUACGAGGAGAAGCUGAACGGCAGCCUGAGGACGCCAGCUGUGUCCCACUCUCUUAUGGGGCGCAGCGGGAAAGAGAACAUCAGCGAUGAGCCAGUGGAUAUGAGUGCCAAGAGGAGUGUAGUGGACAGAGAGCGUCACACUCCUUCUCCGGACGUGAUCGUCUUAUCUGACAACGAAGCAUCAAGUCCCAAAGGAGCAGGCAGAGAGGAGAAAGUGAAGCCUGUAAACCUGGACAUGUUCAAGGGGAAGAGUAUAGCUGAGCGGCAACGAGUGAUUAAAGCUUUAAGAGAGGAACUGAGACUAGAGGAGGCUCGCCUUGUUCUGCUAAAGAAACUCAGACAGUCUCAACUACAGAAGGAGAAUCUCACCCACAAGGUAUCAGUGGUGCAGAGCAGUUCUUCAUCCAUUCAUCCCUCAGCCCACAGCUCUCAGUCUAGCACCAAGCUACCCAUCAGAUCUGGCCACACACACCACAGUGGCGAUGCCCAGAACCUCCGUGCUGUACAGGGUCAGAGUGUGAUCCGGUCUCCAGCCAGUGCCUCCAUUUCACAGAUGAUGAUGUCACAGCGAGUGGUUGCUCCAAGCCCAGGGCAGCUACAGGGCCACAGAGUUUCAGGCAAACUGGGCAGCAUGCGUACAUCCACAGCCAGCAUUAACAGCACUGUCAGCUAUCAGCAGGCCUCUAGUCAGCAGGUGUCCGUCCCCCAGCGAUCCAGCUCAUCCUCUAUCUACAUGAACCUGGCACACAUGCAGGCAGUGGGUGUGACUGGGAUGACAGGUGGAGUGGGAGUGGCUGGUGUGACAGGUGGUGUGGGUGUUUCUGGGGUGGGCACUUCCUCAUCUAGUUCUGUGCAAGAUGUGGCCAGCAGUCAGGCUGCAGCCAAACUGGCUCUGCGCAAACAACUGGAGAAAACCCUACUGGAGAUCCCACUGCCUAAGCCACCUGCGCCUCUCCUCUACUUCCUGCCCUCAGCCGCCAACUCUGAGUUCAUCUACCUCCUGGGCCUAGAGGAGGUGGUGCAAAGUGUCCUUGACAGCCAGGGAAAGCUGUGUGGGACAGCAGGUCAUCUAGAGCCCUUUGCUUGUGCUCAGUGUAAAACUGACUUUACUCCUCACUGGAAGCAGGAGAGCGGACGCAUCCUUUGUGAAACGUGCAUGACGUCCAAUCAGAAGAAGGCUCUGAAAGCCGAACACACUAACAGGCUAAAGAACGCCUUUGUGAAGGCCCUGCAGCAAGAGCAGGAGAUUGAGCAGAGACUACAGCAACAAGCUGCAAUGUCCACCAGUUCUACAGUGUCUGCAGCUAGUGUGAGCAAGGCUGAGUCCAUGAUGAGGCACCACAACAUCAGACAGGCAUCCUCUGCACAAGUUGCUCAGUCCCAGGUGUCGGUGCAGCGCAGUGUGUCAGCUGCAGGCUCUGGGUCAGCACGCGGUGUUCUAUCCAACUUCGCACAAGCGUCUCAGCUCGCUUUACCUGGCACUAUAAUGGGCAUGUCCAGCAAACACUGCUCUACCUCCAGCAGCCGGUCACAGCAUGACAGCCGACAUCAGUUGUAUGGCAUUCCUGGAGUCAACAUUGCUUACCUGAGCUCUGGUAAUGUUGGAGGUCAUAAAUCGUCUAGUUUAGCAGACAGACAGCGAGAGUACCUGCUGGACAUGAUUCCUCCACGCUCCAUAUCCCAGUCCAUUACUGGACAGAAAUAGGCCUUCACUCUCACACUUAACCCCCUAACCCCAAUACAUGCACACAAAAAACCAACUCAUGACAAGCUCACUUACAUAUGCUCCAUCUCUCUCUUUUUCUCAGAUGAGCACACACACACACACACACACACACACACACACACACACUUUCACAUAUCCUGCCACGUCUCCUCGUCCUUGUUGCAUGCAGUGCCUGUCAGUCUGCUUACCAGCUACUCUUUCUGUGUAACACAAUCAGUGACUGUAUGUGGUGAAUUUCACCAAUAAACUGCAGUCACUUUCUGCAAGUAUGCAAUUCCUUCUCAACAAUGCUUAACCCCUACAGUCUUCGUCACUCAGAAUAUGUGUGGACGUUUUGUACAUUAAUGCACUUUCCGGUGAGAAUGUGUUUUUCAUUUUGCUGUUAAAAUCUCUAAUUUGUCGAGGGUAGUGGCACCAUAGAGCGAGAGAGAGAAGCUCUUGGUUGGAUGAAGGAAUUGAAUUGAAAUGGACAGGUUUUUUUUUCUUCGUCUGAAAGCAACUGUGUUUUUAAGAAGAUGGGAUUUAAAUGAAGAAUUAUAUGACUAUGUGGAGAGCUUUGAUUUUGGCUGCAUUUAACUGAUUGCAAUACCUACUCCCCAUUACUCCCCAUCUCCUAAAUACCUUUUCUGUGAGGUUUUUCUGUGCAAACAUCCUUCAGUGGCUUUUUAGGUCUUUUGUUGUUUGGUUCUUUCCCCAACUAAGACAAGCCUGUGGGUGAGCUAUAUCACAUUAAGCAUUCAGCCCUGUGAAGUCACAUUUACUAACCCCUUUUCGAAUCCCAUACAUGCACAUGCUUUGCAAAAGAUCACGUGGUGGUGUAUCAUUUAUUUUUUGGUGCUCUACCUGAAUUAGUCUUUUUUUUUCUCUUCUCAUCAAAUGGGAAAUGAUCAGAAUGACUUUUAUGACAGUCCACUUUUGACUUUAAACAUAUAAGGUACUUAUAGUGCGAAGUAUUGAAGUUUAAAGGUGCUGUUUGUCAGAUUUUCUUCUGUUCAUCAUACUGAGCUGAAGAACUUCUCAUACACUGCCCCUUUAAGUGAACAGUGCAAUAUUGGGCAAGAAGUGUUUUUUCCUUUCUUUUUUCUUUUUUUUGUAAUGAAGUGACUGAAAAUGAAAGGUCCUGCACCACAAUGGAUAAUAUCUGUUCCGCAUUUCUCUAUUAAACAUGUAUCUUUGUUUAUUCAUCUUUUGUAAAAUAUGUACAGUAUAGUAUGUUCCCUUUUUUAUUUCAUUAUACCAUGUGCCCCAAUGUGUGUCUGUUGUUUAAAAAAAAUCUUCAUAUCUGUAAAGCUGAUUUUUAAAAAAGAAUUUCUUAUGAAAUACCUGUAAAAAUUCUUUUAGAAAUUUAAGCCAUUUUCCCUCCUUGUUUCAUUUGCUUCCUUUCUCUUACUUUACUUGAAAGCUGGUCAAGGUUUUAUGAAUAUUAAGCUUAUAACAAGUAUUACAAAUACUUAUUUGCAUGAGGAGAUGUAUUCUUAAUAAUGUAUUGUAAAUAUGCCUUUAGCUUUUGGAGGCUGAAAACAUGAAACAAUGCAUUUGUAUAUUGUAUAGGACAAAAACAAAAGCCAUUGAUAUUGUGAGUGUCAUUUUGUCAUGUGUUCCCUGUGUAGUGCUACACAAAAUGUAUGAAAUUACAAUUUUCUUUCAGUUCAUUCUUAAAUAUGUUUUUGUCCCCUCUGUAUCAGUUGUGCUCUGUGCUUCAUCUGUCUAAAACCUACUAUUAGGAGACUUACUUGGCCACAGUAUUUCACUUAAUUGUCUGUGUUAAAGUUUGAAAUUAACACACAACACUUUGUACAUUAGUGCUAGAUUUGAGAAAGCUCAGACAACUCAGUGAAAUGUUGUUGCCUUUGGCAAUCAUUUCUUUAAUGUCGGUCCUCUGAAAAUGGCCAUUUAUGAUCCCAGGGCUGCUCUUGCUCUUCUCUUUCUUUGCUGUUAUUUGUUGGUAUAAGUGCAACAUGCUGUAUUUGCUAUUGAAUGCUAAGCCGAAUGUGGAAACUGAACAGAAGGAAGAAAAAAAAAAUGUUUUCUUGCAGGCCAAAUGUUGCUCCAUAUAAUUUCAGUAAAUAAGCUUACAAUAAAAAAAUGAAGAAAUUA